AAAAGAAGCUCUGGGUUCUAUGGGCAAUGAUGCGCCUCUUGCUUGUUUGUCGGAGUAUCAGCCGCUGAUGUACGACUACUUCAAGCAACUGUUUGCUCAGGUUACCAACCCGCCCAUUGAUCCAUUCAGAGAAAAGAUGAUCAUGUCACUGGCUGCUCCGAUCGGACCUGCUGCGAAUUUGCUGGAACCAGCUGGAGAACAGUGCAAAAGAUUGUAUCUGAAACAGCCGAUUAUUUCUGCAGAACAUUUGGAGUUGAUCAAAAACACUGAUUUCCACGGAUGGAAGACGGAAGUUGUGGAUACAACAUAUCCAAUUUCGGACGGUAUCCCUGGGCUCGUCAAAGCCAUCGACAGAAUUUGCGAGGAAUCAUGUUCAGCUGCUAAAUCAGGAUUCAACUUCAUUGUUUUGUCCGAUAGGAAUGCCAGCAAAGACAGGGUUCCUGUAAGUGCAUUGCUUGCAUGCGGAGCCGUUCAUCACUACCUAAUUGAAGAGCGUCAACGAAUGAAAGUGGGCUUGAUUGUCGACUCCGGGGAACCGCGUGAAGUGCAUCACAUUUGCGUGUUGCUGGGCUACGGAUGCGAUGCCAUUUGUCCUUACUUGGUGUUUCAAACCAUGACGAUUCUCAAGAGCCGGGGAUUGAUCGAUAAGUACCUUACGGUUGAGAAUAUGUUUGAGAAUUACGUUUCCGCGGUGGAACGAGGACUCUCGAAAGUUAUGGCGAAAAUGGGAAUCUCAACAAUCUUGUCUUACAAAGGAGCGCAAAUCUUCGAAGCUGUUGGUCUCGGGGAUAAUGUUGUGGACAAGUGCUUCAAGAAUUCUGCGUCAAGACUGGGUGGACUGGAUUUUUCAACAAUUGCUGCCGAAGCCUUGGAUCGUCACAGGCUUGCCUUCGAUGACCUGGAGUGCGAUAAUUACAUUCUGAGGAACCCCGGGUUUUACCAUUGGCGAAACGGAGGCGAAAAACACAUCAAUGAUCCGAUGUCGAUUGCGAAUCUUCAGGAAGCUGCCGGGCGGAACAACAACCAGGCCUAUGCCAAUUUCGUCGCCAGUACAAUGGACUCAGUUCGCAAAUGCGCUUUGCGAGGCCUGUUGGAACUGGAUUUCGAUGGAGCUGGCAAAAACGGGAGACCCGCACCCAUAAGCAUUGACGAAGUCGAGCCAGCCAAAAACAUCGUCAGACGAUUUUGCACGGGGGCCAUGAGUUUCGGAUCCAUUUCCUACGAGGCUCACACGACUCUGGCCAUUGCCAUGAACCGAGUGGGUGGCAAGUCCAACACCGGCGAAGGUGGGGAAAACCCGGAUCGAUACAAGAGCCAGGACCCGAUGUUCAACAAAAGAUCUGCUAUUAAGCAAGUUGCCAGCGGACGAUUUGGAGUGACAGCUACGUAUCUCGCCAAUGCGGACGAGUUGCAAAUUAAAAUGGCACAAGGCGCGAAACCCGGAGAAGGUGGCGAGUUGCCUGGCUACAAGGUGACAGAAGACAUCGCAUCGACGCGUCACAGCGUCCCUGGGGUCGGUCUCAUCAGUCCGCCGCCACAUCACGACAUUUACUCCAUCGAGGACUUGUCAGAGUUGAUUUACGACCUCAAGUGUUCGAAUCCGAAUGCCAGGAUCUCGGUGAAAUUAGUGUCGGAAAUCGGAGUCGGCAUUGUGGCGUCCGGGGUCGCCAAGGGCAAGGCGGAGCACAUCACUGUUUCCGGACACGAUGGCGGCACUGGGGCGUCCAGUUGGACCGGGAUCAAAGGGGCAGGGCUGCCCUGGGAACUGGGCAUUGCGGAGACCCAUCAGGUCCUGACCAUGAAUGACCUCAGAUCCAGGGUCGUCUUGCAAGCUGACGGACAAAUUCGCACAGGAUUCGACGUCAUAGUCGCGGCGUUGCUCGGCGCAGACGAAUUCGGGUUUUCCACGGCACCCCUGAUAGUUCUGGGUUGCACCAUGAUGCGGAAAUGCCACCUCAACACGUGUCCAGUCGGCAUUGCCACGCAGGACCCGAUUUUGCGCGCCAAAUUCGCCGGCAGACCCGAACACGUCGUCAACUACUUGUUCUUGUUGGCGGAGGAAAUCCGGGGAUACAUGGCCAAGUUGGGAGUGCGGAAAUUCCAGGACCUGAUCGGCAAAGUUGAGUUCUUGAAGCCGAGAUCCGGUUUGGCGUACAAGGAAAAGACCUUGGACUUGAGCAAGAUUCUGGUUCCGGCUUCCGAGUUGCGGAGCGACGUUUCCAUUAUCGGGGGAUCUGUCAAACAGGAUUUUGAGUUGGAAUCGCGUUUGGAUCACCAACUGAUUGAACGUUGUGCUGGGAUACUGAAUGGAACUGAAGAUCAUGUCAAAAUCGACAUGGCUAUUCCUAAUUCUGCUCGUGCAUUCGCCACAACUUUAUCAUACAAUGUUGCGAAGAAAUUCGGCGAAGCGGGAUUGCCGGAGAAAUCGAUCGAGAUCAAUUUGAAAGGAUCCGCAGGACAGAGUUUCUGCGCAUUCAUGACGAAAGGAAUUCAUGUUACCCUCGAAGGCGACGCCAACGAUUACGUGGGCAAGGGCUUGUCGGGAGGAGAGAUUGUCAUCCGUCCUCCUCUGGAUUCGCGUCCAGGAUUCAAAUCGGAAGAAAACGUGAUUGCCGGCAAUGUGUGUUUGUACGGGGCAACGAGCGGAAAAGCGUUUAUUCGCGGAGUCGUCGCAGAACGCUUCUGUGUCCGCAAUUCCGGUGCUCUCGCUGUUGUAGAGGGAGUCGGUGAUCAUGGUUGCGAGUACAUGACUGGAGGACGCGUUGUUAUCCUCGGACCAACAGGCAGAAAUUUUGCAGCUGGAAUGAGUGGUGGAAUCGCAUACGUUUACGACAUUGAAGGGAAAUUUAAGGAAAAAUGCAACUCGAACAUGGUGGACUUGCAUCCCUUGGUCUUUGACGCGGACCUGAUGGAACUGUUUUCCGUGUUGGAAGAGUUCCACGCUAAAACCGGCUCCGAAGUUGCCAAAAGCAUUAUUGACAAGUGGCCGAAGCCCUCCAAGAAAUUCGUGAAGGUUUUCCCUCAUGAAUAUCAAAGAGCUUUGCGACAAAUGGAAGAGAAAAGAGCGUCGCUUUCCAGGCAAUCGAGUGUGAAGAACCCAGUUCCACCGUCUCCCACUCUGAUUCGGGCUGGUUCCGAAGUCCACGAUUUGGCACCCAUCAGAGACAUUGAAGAUUCAGCAGGGAAUGAUUCUGAGAAGCGCAGCAGCAAGAAGCAAGACAGGAUGUUGGACAAAACUAAGGGUUUUGUCAAAUACCGUCGAGAAAUCGGCAUUUACCGACCUGCAGAGGCAAGAAUGGCUGAUUGGGAGGAGAUCUACAACUUCCGCCAUGUUCGUCGGGGUUUGCAAGUGCAGGCAGCGCGUUGCAUGGAAUGCGGGGUUCCAUUUUGCCAAAGUGGGCACGGGUGCCCACUGGGUAACAUCAUCCCGAAAUGGAACGACCUGGUGUAUCACGGCCAGUGGAAGGAGGCCUUGGAGACCCUACUGCAAACCAACAAUUUCCCUGAGUUCACUGGAAGAGUGUGUCCAGCCCCAUGCGAAGGAGCUUGUGUGCUGGGAAUCAACGAGUUACCAGUUACCAUCAAGAACAUCGAGUGCGCCAUUAUUGAUCAAGCAUUUAAACAUGGAUUGAUGAAACCAUGCAUCCCGAAAAUCAGAACCGGCAAAAAUGUCGCCAUCAUUGGAAGUGGGCCUGCAGGUUUGGCUGCUGCUCAUCAGCUGAAUAAGGCCGGCCACACAGUCACUGUGUAUGAAAGGAAUGACAGAAUCGGCGGACUGCUUCAAUAUGGCAUUCCCACGAUGAAACUGAGCAAGGAAGUGGUGCAGCGCAGGGUCCGCCUCAUGGCUGAAGAAGGAAUAACCUUCAAGACAAACACGGCCGUUGGCAAAGACAUUUCUGGGAAGACUUUGAUUGAGGAGAAUGACGCCAUUGUGGUGUGCACGGGAUCCACUUGGCCCAGAGACUUGAACAUUCCGGGCAGGGAUUUAAAGGGCAUCGACUUUGCCAUGAAUUUCCUGGAAACUUGGCAGAAACACCAGAUGGGACACACUGUGGAUGCCCAGAGGUUGUCAGCCAAGGACAAGGAUGUUGUGGUCAUUGGAGGAGGUGACACGGGAUGCGAUUGUAUCGCGACUUCUCUGCGACAGGUUCAGUUCACUGGAAGAGUGUGUCCAGCCCCAUGCGAAGGAGCUUGUGUGCUGGGAAUCAACGAGUUACCAGUUACCAUCAAGAACAUCGAGUGCGCCAUUAUUGAUCAAGCAUUCAAACAUGGAUUGAUGAAACCAUGCAUCCCGAAAAUCAGAACCGGCAAAAAUGUCGCCAUCAUUGGAAGUGGGCCUGCGGGUUUGGCUGCUGCACAUCAGCUGAAUAAGGCCGGCCACACAGUCACUGUGUAUGAAAGGAAUGACAGAAUCGGCGGACUGCUUCAAUAUGGCAUUCCCACGAUGAAACUGAGCAAGGAAGUGGUGCAGCGCAGAGUCCGCCUCAUGGCUGAAGAAGGAAUAACCUUCAAGACAAACACGGCCGUUGGCAAGGACAUUUCUGGGAAGACUUUGAUUGAGGAGAAUGACGCCAUUGUGGUGUGCACGGGAUCCACUUGGCCCAGAGACUUGAACAUUCCGGGCAGGGAUUUAAAGGGCAUCGACUUUGCCAUGAAUUUCCUGGAAACUUGGCAGAAACACCAGAUGGGACAUACUGUGGAUGCCCAGAGGUUGUCAGCCAAGGACAAGGAUGUUGUGGGUGCCAGAACUAUUUCCUCGUUUGAAAUUCUACCGACUCCGCCUCCUCAUCGCAACAAGGACAACCCGUGGCCCCAAUGGCCCAAGGUCUUCAAGAGUGACUAUGGCCAUGACGAGGUCAAAGUCAAGUUUGGCCGUGACCCCAGGAUGUACAACACCCAAAGCAAGGUGAUGCUUUUCAACUUCGAAAAGUCUACUUUACGAGCAGCCAAAUUAAUUAUCCUCGUUAUUUCUUCUGAUUUGCAGGAGUUUGUGGGCGAUGAGAACGGGCAACUGUGUGGCAUCAAAACGGUGAAGGUGAAGUGGACCCAAGACUCGGAGACGGGCAAGUGGGACAUGAUGGAAGUCCCCGACUCUGAAAGUUUUAUCAAAGCUGACAUGGUGCUACUUGCUAUGGGAUUCCUUGGACCCGAAUCUCACAUAAUUACGGACAUGGGUAUGGAGAAGGACGCACGCUCGAAUAUUAAGACCCCUCCUGGGAAAUACCGGACUUCUGUGGACAAAGUCUUCGCUGCUGGAGAUUGCCGUCGAGGUCAGAGUUUGGUGGUUUGGGCUAUCACGGAAGGACGUCAGGCUGCAAGGGAAGCGGACGAGUAUCUGAUGGGCAUCACAUCUCUGCCUGGACCUGGAGGAGUGAUUCAGUUCCACCAUCCACAGGGUUGAAUCAAAGUGCCCCUGAAUCAUUCGAAUUUUGCAUUCUCAACCUCCGAGGUCAAGAUCAGUUCCAACUGGUUCGUCAAGUUCUUUCAACUGGGCAUUUGUUGUUUUCCCCGAGGAGAAGAACCGCUUGUGUUCCGGGAAUUUUGGUUUCUUGAGUUUGACUCGCACAAUGAAGAUUGUGGUUGUUGAAAAAAAAAAUUGCAUCUCACCCAAGCUAUGUCAAAUUUUACGUUUAAAUUUUUUGAAACUUUUCAUCUUACUCUUUUUUCGCUUUAAUCAUGUCUCACUCACAUCUUGGCGCUUUUUUGUCGAGGGAAUCUCUGAAAGAAGCUACCACUAAAUUAUUGCAAAAACAAAAUUUCGACGGAAGUAUGUCGCGUUUAUUGUUGAGACAAAAUUGAAACAUUUUGAGGAUGAACUGAACCGCUUGAUCCCAUCGUUGCCCCAGCAUCUGAAACGAGUCAUCAUCAAUCAAAAAUAUUUCGGGGGUCGAAGAUCAAAGGAACGGAAGACGGACAUUCCACUGGUAGAACAAUGAUGGAAUUGUAUGGGGAGGGUUUACCACGAAAAAAAAAAACAUUUAGUCGCUCGUAUUUUUCGUUCAAGGCAGUGAACCUGGUUUUAACUGAAUUGAUUGGAGUAUUUAUGUAUCAAGGAACAAAAUGAAAGAAGGGAUGAAACGGACAUUUUGUGGGAAAAAAUUCAAGUUUUGCUCUGGACGGAAUAGUGAGAUUCACGGGCUUCCACGCGGUUUUACUAAAAUUCGACCAGAUCUUGUAUACCUCGUUUCCAAACCCCCCUUUAGAGCGGAUCGAAAAAUUCUCGGAACUUUUUCGUUUGCCCUCUUCCGCGUCCGUUGGCACAAGAUUAUGAGACAUUUUAAUCGCGUUUAGAAAUUCUUGAAUGUUGGAAUUUUGAAAUAUCUCUAAAUGUUAUUCAGUAGGGAAGGCGAGUGAUCACAAGUUAGCUUAUCAGUGCCUGUGAUCAGCGAUUGGAGCGGAUCGGGGAAAAAGAAGGUGAUCUUCUCCCGGUUCACCAACGAGUGAAUCUAGGUUUUUCCAACAUUUCGAUGCAGUUCAUUCGUGAGAAAUUCGAAAAAGACAGCUUUCGGGUCGCAAUACUUAUCCUGACUAACUAACUA